AUGGGCAUCUCCCUCAGCACCGCCCGCUGGCUCGCGCCUGCCUCUUUCCUCUACGACUUCGCCGCCCAACAAUACGGCAUGUUCUCCGAGCCCAAUAUGAAAACCAUCCACGACCGCAACCUCUCCUUCUUCUCCCCACAACCUUUCUUCAUCGCGGGCUUCUUCCUCCCGCAACAACUCUUCCAACUCGCCUGGCUCUACAAACUCUGGAAACUCAACCCGCAGAAUCCCAAGGAAAAGAAGGAAUUGGAUGAGAUUGUCCGCUUCGUGCCUUUCUACGCUCUCGGAAAUGUCUGUAUCGGAACUUGGAUGUUCUUUUGGAAUUCCGAAAACCUCAAAACCGCGGACAUCUUCGUCGUCAUCAACACCCUCUCCCAGCUGUGGUACGUCUUCACCCAACUGGAACCCAUGAACACGCGCUCCACCGCAAGUAUCCUCACCCACGUGGUGUCCAAAACUUUUGCCGGGAUCGGGAUUCUCGACAUUCUACACAAUACUUCCGUGGCCUUUUAUCGGAAUGCUUUACCCAGUAAAGCGGUGAAAAUCGCUACAGGACUUGGGUUUGCGGGGUUGAGUGCGUGCAGUGAUUGGAUUUUGGGAGGAUGUCUGGUCUAUGAUUUGAUUGCUCUGAGUGUGGGACAGAAGUCGUAUGAGCAGGAUUGGAGUCGGGUGUUGGCCGGGUUUGCCGUGGGAAGUGCGGCGAUUGUGGGGGUGAAGAAUUACUUCAAGUGAGUACCUCUAUCGCUUGUGCCAAGAGGUGUUUUGUGGGUGCCAUGAUCUGACGGCUGGAUUUUCUUUCUUCUGCAGACCACCUUAUGUGAAGAACGAGGAGUAUGCUCUGGCGGCGCAGGAUGAUGUGGAUGAUCGGGCUUGA